AUGAAACAAUCACUAAUCACACUAGCAAAAGCUGUUAGACCACGUCGUCCAGAAAGACCAAAUCAAGUUUUAUUACCACCAGUUACAUUAUAUAGAAAAAUUCUUAGAGCUCAUAAAUUAUUACCAAAAGAACAAAGAGAAUUAGGUGAUUUAUAUGUUAAAGAUGAAUUUAAAGCUCAUAAAUCUACGGAUAAUCCAUUAUAUAUCGUUGGAUUCUUGACAAGUUGGCAAGAAUAUUUACAAUUGAUUACAAAUGGGAAAUGGAAAGAAAGUAGUUUAACUAAUGAACAAUUAACUAAAAUGUCUCCAGAUCAAGUUAAUCAAGUGAGUAUAAUAAAAACAUAG